UCAAUAACAGAAAAAGAAAAUAACAGGGAAAAAAAAAAAAAAAAACAAAUCGAGAGAUUCCCAACAAUCCAUUGAUGGCUGCAGCUACUGCUUCACUACUCGAACCAAUCCCUUCAUUCUUCCCAAACGCAAAGCCUCUCUCUCUGAAAUGGAAUCCUCUCUUACAGAGUCUCCCAAUACGGUCUUACCGUCAGACGCGUCUGACCUUAACCUCCUCCAAGCCUAUCGUCAGAUUCUCCAAACCCAACCCUCCUCCUAUCAAAUGCUCCAACUCCUCGAAGAAGAUUGAAUCCCCUCCAAGAGAGCAACGCAAUCCCUUCCAAGCGAUUCUCGAUGCCGUUUUCAAGACCCUGAAAUCGCUGCAGAAGCCGGCGAUCGCAGCCGUCCUUUUGGGGGUCCUCCUGACCUACGACCCGCAUUCGGCGCUCGCAGCUUCCGGCGGGAGGGUGGGCGGGCGGGCAUUCUCGUCGUCAUCGUCGUCUUCCUCCUCGUCAAGGAGCUACUCGGUCCCGCCCUCGAGCCGACCUGGGUUCUCUUACUCGGUGCCGUACUACGCCCCGACGCCGUUCGGGGGUGGCGGGGGGUUUUACAUGGGGCCUGCCGUCGGUGUUGGGGUGGGUGCCGGAUCGGGCUUCUUUGUGCUGAUGAUGGGUUUUGCUGCGGCCAUUUUGGUGUCGGGGUUCCUUUCUGAUCGGUCGGAUGGUGGAGGUGUUCUUACUGCGACACAGAAGACCAGUGUUCUCAAGCUUCAGGUUGGGUUAUUGGGCAUGGCCCGGUCAUUCCAAAAAGAUCUUGAUCGGAUUGCGCAGACGGCCGAUACAUCUACUUCGGAGGGGUUGAGUUAUGUGUUAACAGAGACGGCAUUAGCUCUACUUCGACAUCCAGAUUGUUGCAUCUCUGGUUACUCAUCUGUGGAUGUAAAACGCAGCAUAGAGGAUGGAGAGAAGCGCUUCAAUCAACUUUCCAUUGAAGAACGAGGGAAAUUCGACGAAGAGACACUUGUCAAUGUUAACAGCAUUAAGAAGCAAAGCACAACAAGCCAGAGAUCUAAAGGAUUCAGCAAUGAAUACAUUGUGAUAACAAUCCUGGUGGCUGCCGAGGGGGUGCAUAAACUACCUGUCAUCAAUGGGAGUGCAGAUCUGAAGGAGGCAUUGCAAAAGCUGGGAUCCAUACCUUCCAGCAAAACUCUGGCGGUCGAGGUGCUCUGGACUCCUCAGAAUGAAAAUGACACACUGACGGAACGGGAACUACUGGAAGAUUACCCGCUUCUGAGGCCCCUGUGAAGAUGGAUGAUUCAACUUUUGUAUUGGUUUACAACAUACAAGAGGUAUAUAUAUAGCUGAUUUAGGAUCCCAGCAGUAUUUGUAGGAAGAGUGAA